AAUAUUUACCAUCAGAAUUCAGAAUUGUCGGUUUGGGUUAAGAGUAGAUUAUAAUGUACAAUUCUGACCGACCAUCGCCUUCACCAACACAAUUUACAAAAAGGACGAAGAAAACAGAGUUUCUCCUGAAUUUUCAGAAAAUCUCUAUUUCUCCAUCUUAUUUUCUUUGUUUAUCAUCCAAUUUCUACAGCAGCUGCACCAAAUUCUUGUGUUUCUCAUUUUCAUUUGAAACAAACAAGAUCUUCUUUUCCCCUAGCUAAUUUUGAAUCCCUAAAAUUGAAUCUCUAUUUUUGAUAGAUCAGAAACAUACCCAUCUAUCAAAAUUCAGUUGGAUCGUUUAAAAAUGGAUACAUUUGAUGAGUUAACCAAGGGUUAUGGAAUAAAACCGCAAGGCAAGUCAGCUCCAAUGGCUCUCUCUAAACAACCCAUCACUCCAAAUUUCACUUCUUCUUCCUAUGACUCUUCAGACUCCAGAAAUUCUUCGUACAAUUCAAUCUCUGGUAAUGGGUCUUUUUCCUUCAAUAAUUACAACGAACCCCUUUUCUCCACUACUAAAAAACCCCAGGAUUUUAACGGUCUAAAUGAUUACAAUGAUGACGGUUUCAUGUCUUUUGGUGGAUUUCAAAAGAGUUCAAAUAGUAAUAGAGAUGGGUCUUUCGAUCCUCUUUUUUCAAAUUCUGGUUCCUUUAGUGGUGAUGAUUUAUUGAGUGGCUUUGAUGGCUUUAAUUCUAAUAAUAAUAAUGCCAGUAAUAGUACAGAUUAUAUUUCUGGGUCAUUUAUAUCUCAGCCUAAGGAUCAGAGUGCCCCAGUUAAUGACUUGUUUGGGGACUCUACUGCUACAUUUCAGCCUCCUAGUAAGAAUAGAUCUGUUAGUUUCGAUGAUCUCAUACCUGGCUUUGGUGAUCAUUCAAGCCACUCAUCAAAUCAAAGAGAAAAUACAGGAAAGAAUAACUCAACAUACACCUCAACAGAUGCUCCUUUCAUAGUGUUAGAAUCAAAUUCAACCACAGCAAAAUCCAAUUUCACAGAACCAGUGGGAAAAUCCAGUAAAUGUAAUCAUUCUGGAAGCAGAAAACCUGCUAUAUCGCCAAAUGUUUUGUCCCCACUAAAGCCCCCUCCAAAACCAGGACAAAUUUUGAAGAGUGAUAAAGUUAAAAGCUCAAAUACAUCUUCCAUAGAUGAACUUGAAGAGUUUGGCAGGAUUAAGGUGCGAAAUAAUUCUGAUGGACACUUGGAUGUUCGCCAUGCUAAGGAAGCAAGGGAGAGACAAGCCACAAAAGCAAACAGAAAUAAAGAAGCUGGAGAUGCUACUCAAAAUAAUCAGCAGUUGAGUGCAGAUGACAUAGAUUUCAUAUCAAACAUGGGCUAUAGAUCCAGCAGUGCGCCAAGGUCAAGGGCUGCGACUUUGGAUCCUAUAUUUGAUGCGACAAUAAACAGCAGAGGAGAGCCUCCUGUGGCCCAUAAGAAGUCUAUCAGUGCUUCAUCUAGCAUGAGAAAGGCUUCGCCUACGACAAGUAUAGUUGAUGACCUACCUUCAAUGCUUGGAGAUAUCUCAUUGUUUGGAGGAUUUGAGGAAGUUAAAGGUGAAACUGAAGAAAGACGAAGAGCCAGAUUUGACCGUCAUCAGAGAACUCAGGACCGAUUGGAAAAGGCAGUUGCUGAUAUGAAGCAGCGCGACCUCCAAACUCAGUAUGAGCAAGAAGAGAGGCGUAGGCUUGCUGAUAAAAUGGACUUCGCCGUAAAAAGCUGGGCUGGAGGGAAGGAAGGCAACAUGCGUGCUCUGUUAUUAUCAUUACAAGAUGUUCUUUGGCCUGAAUGUGGUUGGGUUCCAGUUCCACUGGCAGAUUUGCUUACUUCUGAAUCAGUAAAAAAAGUUUAUCGUAAGGCAACACUAUCUGUGCAUCCCGAUAAGGUUCAACAGAAAGGUGCUACUCUUGAACAAAAAUAUAUUGCUGAGAAGGUUUUUGAUAUACUCAAGGAGUCUUGGAAAAAGUUCGAAGCAAAUGAGCUUUCCAAAUAAGUUGAAUGAUUCAUAGAGUUAUAUAUUCAUGCCGCACCAUCAGGCAUCCUCGGAACAUCCAUUUUUAGGGUAAAUCGCCAAUGCUCAUGGAGUUCCGUUGUUGCAGGCGCAAUAGGUUUCUGUUGUGAUACAGAAUCUUUUCAUCGUAGCAGAGACGAUAUUUCAUGUUUAUGAUGAUGUGUAUUACUUUUUGUUACAUACAUGCUAGAACUUCCAUAGAAUCAUCAUCCAGGAGAUGUUCAUACUGUCAAUACAACUACGAUUUUGCCUUUUUCUUUUUUAGUUCUAAAAUGAGAUUUUCUGUCUAUUGUACCAUAAUGUUUUUUCUGGUGUCAACAUCAGAUUACAUCAUUAAACGCUUAUUUAAUUUCUAUUUGUAGAAUUUUUCAUAUAUUUAAUAUUUCUUCAGUCCCAAA